AUGGAAUGGGCAGAAAACGUAUUGAGUGAAAUACAAGUAGGAAUAGAUGAAAUUGUAAAAAUAGAAAUAAUAGAAUUUUUGAGAGGAAGGUGGUUUAAAAUUCAAUAUUGGAAAGGGGAUAAUUUUAAUGAAAAAAAAUUAAAUUCUGAGAUUGAGGUAAUUUCUUAA